GCGUCGUUUCCAUGACCCCCACUCUGUCAUGCCCUAACCUAAUCUGACGUGAUCACCUCAACCCAGCCCCAGCCCUCAACGUCUCUCUUCUCUUGUCUCUUUCUCGUCACUCUCUCCCUCAAGCUCAAGCUCUGUUACAGUCUUACCUCUCGUCUCCGGUCUCUCACUUCUCUCUCGGUCUCGCACUCAGUCGCCGCCUUCCCUGCGCUCGCUUCGCACUCAAGCAUUCGGGUGGUGGUGGUCGUCGUCUUCUUGCUUCGCCGUCAGUUCAGUCGAUCAGCUUCCUUCACCGUCGGUCCCUGUGCAGGGUUUUGCUGAAAAUGAAUUCGCUGGGUGUUAGACUUGCGAAGCAUCUUCGUAUCUCUUCUCUGAGCUCCUCUUCCCAUGCAGUUGGAAUGACGAGGACGGGAACACAGUGGUACUCAACAUUGUUAACUGAAAGUGACAAUGAUGAGGGCUUAAAUGAUAGGGUUAAUGAUGAUCGAAAGAACGAAGAACUGGAUGAUGAAUUUGAUGAUUUUCUUGGUAGCAAGCCCGAUCUAGAACUGCAGGGUGUGGAUCCAAAGAGGGGUUGGGGAUUUCGGGGAGUGCACAAGGCAAUAAUAUGUGGAAAAGUUGGCCAAGUCCCUGUACAAAAGAUAUUGAGGAAUGGGAAGAAUGUAACGAUCUUUACGGUUGGGACUGGGGGAAUGUCUGACCAGAGAAUCACGAGAGAAGUGGAUAUGCCAAGACCUGCUCAAUGGCAUCGCAUUGCUGUGCAUAAUCACAUCCUUGGGGCCUAUGCAGUACAACAACUUUCUAAAAACUCUUCAGUUUAUGUUGAGGGUGACAUUGAGACUAGAGUUUAUAAUGAUAGCAUCAAUGGUGAAGUCAAAAGCAUUCCUGAGAUAUGUGUACGUCGUGAUGGGAAACUUCGUCUCAUAAAGGGAGGAGAGAGCAUUGAUACAAAUUCAUUGGAUGAAUUGCGAGAAGGGUUGUUUUAGCAGAAACCUGGAAAGUGGAAAGAUUUUGGUGAAAAUGUUAUUUAUGGAAUGGAAAGCACGUGCUUUGUAAGAAUCACAUCUCUGUAGUGAGUAGCAGCAUUUUUAAUGAACAAUAUAAAGAAUGCUUAGCCUUGUUCAUUAUUAUUUUAUCUUUCAGCGUUCUGGAUUUCAGUUUCCCAUAUUCUUUUAAUAUAUGGGAAAGUGCAGAAGAACAGUUUUUUCCCCCUAUAACAAAUCAUGUAAACAUGAAUAUGAAUGAUACUAAUCAAGUAAGACUUAACGUCUA